AUGUCCAAACUUCCGCCCGCCUCUGGGCAUUUUGUCGUCCUCGGCGCCGGCGUCAUCGGCCUCUCCACGGCGAUCACCCUCCGAAGCAAAUUUCCCUCGGCGCAAAUCACCAUUGUCGCCGAGUACUUUCCCGGCGACUACCACAUCGAUUAUUGUUCCCCAUGGGCGGGCGCCAAUUGGUGUUCGUCCGCGAAUGACAAUGGUCUUCUCGAAAGUUUUGACCGAGUCACAUUCCAACGCUUCCAGGAGAUCGCCAAGAAUGUCCCCGAGGCCGGCAUCAAGAGCUCUCCCUUACGGAUGAUAUUUGAUCAGAAGAUCGAGGAUGCCGGAAUUCUCAGCUCAGGUACAGGAAAGCUGUGGUAUGACGAUCUAGUGGGCGGGGCUGUGCCAUUGAAAAGGGACGAGUUGCCGGAGAUUGCUGUGUUCGGAUUGGACCUGCCUUCAACAUUUGUUAUCAACUCUCAGAUUUAUCUCCAAUGGCUCUUGGAACAGUGCAGGCAGGGGAAGGUAACUUUACUUCGUCGCCGGAUCAAGCACAUCAAGGAGGGCCGUAUCUCGCCCGAUGUCAAGGCCAUCUUCAACUGCACCGGCUUGGGAUCGUAUCAUCUUGGCGGAGUGGAAGACAAAGCUAUGUACCCGACCCGUGGGCAGACAGUGCUCGUCGAGCAGCCCAUCCAGCCCCUCAAGCGAAUGUACUUCAGAUCCCCUCGCCGGGUUGACAACGACACUACAUACGUCUUCCAAAGGCCCCUUGCCGGGGGUAUCGUCCUUGGAGGCUGUCGUCAAGAUGGCAACUGGGACAAGAACGUGGAUCCCGAGUUGGCGAAAACCAUCAUGGAGAGAUGCUGUGCUUUGGCACCUGAACUCGGCCGCCCAGAAGACUUGAAGGUUAUCAAACACGGCGUUGGUUUGAGACCUGGUAGGAAGGGCGGGCCGAGGAUUGAGGUUGAUCAGAGUCAAAGUGGGUUGGUUGUGCACAACUACGGCGCUUCUGGGGCAGGAUACCAAGCAUCUUGGGGCAUGGCGGCACACGCCGUUAAGCUUGCCCAGGAACAGCUGGAUGCUAGCGGUCCCACGGUAGCUAAGCUUUGA